AUGUCCAGUAGUCACAACGGCAACCAGCCGUCCCGCUCGCCUCGAUAUAUCUCCUGCGAUUGGUACAUCACAGCGCAUUUCCAAAACUUGUCUAUUCAGACAUCUUCGAGUUCACCUACGCCAUACCGACUUCGCGAGCAAGCUAUGCCGAGCUUAGAGCAUAGUCAGUACUCAAACAAGCAGUCUGCGAAGGUCAACGCCGGUAUUCACUUUGGCGGGACGAAUAGCGAAACCGAGGACAGAGUCCAAGCCACCAUGGAAAUGUUUGUCUUUAACAGCAACAUCCCUGCUUUGAGCAUAGACUUCAGUCGAUUCGAGGUACCAACUCAGAUACCUGCUCCGAUUGGUCCAACCGCCGAAGAACUCAUACGUACGCUUCUCUGCCCUCCUCUGCAUGCCUUCCUGCACGGCGUACUAUCCAUGCAGUGGGUCGUGGGUGUGCUGGGUCAGUCGCACUUCCGCUUCCGCAACAGCGACGAGCGGUACGUGUUGGCCCCUGACUCCAAUGUAAGGACUGAGGGUACGCGUCUGGGUUUGCCACCGGUGUAUCUGGAGUGGUUGUGUGGUGACGAGGAGGGAUCCAGUCCCACCGAGCAGAGUAUGCUCCUGACCCCAAGAUUCUUCGAGUGGUGGCAGGGGGAAGACGGCAGUGCCGGUGAGUAG